AUGGUGUGGGUUUCCUGGAACAAAAUUAACAUGUCUAAGGAGGAGGGAGGGUUGGGCAUUAAAAGACUUGACUUGUUUAAUGAUGCACUACUUGAAAAAUGGAGGUGGAAAUUAUUCCAUGAACUGAAUUCCCUAUGGGGAAGAGUUUUGGUAUCCAAAUAUGGUGUCAGGGCAACCAUUAAGGAAGGCUCAUUGACAAACAAAAUGUCGUUAUGGUGGUCAGAUAUAAUGUUGGCAUCCGGAGGGGAGAAUAACAGCAAUUGGUUUAUGGAUGCAGUUACUUGGAAAAUAAGGGAUGGCAAAAGAACAAGGUUUUGGUUUGACUCGUGGAUAACUGAUGAGCCGUUGGUAAUGAGGUUUAGUAGAAUUUUCUCGGUUUCAACUCAGCAACACAAUUUGGUUUAUAAUAUGGGGUAUUGGAGCUCUAGGAGGUGGUAG